UCCUCCAGCAGUUCCGUCUAGCUUGAUUGCAGCCCCCUGGUGUUGAAGUUCGAGGAUGGUAACGUUAAAAUGCCACUGUCGAGCUUCGAUCUCAACAUGCAGGCUGACUCUUCACCACAAUAUUGAUGGAGCGGUGAAGAUGCUGUCUCUGGAUCCAGAGGGUGAACGAAGGUCCAAUCUCUUCUCACGGGUGGAAGGAAAAAGAUUCUAGUAUGGUUCUUGGUAUCCUGUACAACACUUAUUCCACAAACAGCAAAUCUAAAAUUACUUCUAUCUCACUGUUGCUUUCGGUACUCUCUUGUGGGUUAAUUAAAGGGCGCAUAUUGUAAAUGACCUUCAAACCAGCUUCAAAAUUCUGUUUGAAAGUAUUUCCUGCGCUGUGAACGGUGCUACAUAAAUGCAACAGCUCGUUUUUUUUGAAAGAAGGAAUUAUUUUAUCAUAAAAGUCUCACCCGGCUGUAAUCACUAACGUUUCCAAUUGCACAUGACUGUGGUCUAAUUGCUCAGGAUUCCCCCGCGUUUUCCUGCCGCUGAUGAAGUGAUUCGUUCAGGGAACAGCGUCCCUCAAUGUCACGCCGUUCCUAACAUCUCUCUCAAAGAUAAAGCUGGUGUGUGCGGUGCAGCUUCGGGUGUCGUAGGGCAAGAAGCGAAAUGAUAGUUUAUUUAUUUUUUUUGUUGCUUUCGCAUGCGCUCGUCACUGCCUCUCAGACUGGCGAGGAAUACAAAUCAGCCCACGGUGCCAGUUUCAAGUUGUAACCCAACACUGAGCAGUUCUGUCAGAGCACUCGGCUUUCAGUAACAAGCACCAAGACGUUGGAAUGUAUCUCACCCACCCAGCCAGCCCCUUCUCCCCCCUCCGCGAAGUUGUUCCGCUGUCAGAUGGCAUUUUGCAAGAAUUAUUGCUUUGGGGUUGAGGACAUUUGGUCAACUCAAUGAAAGCGAGCGCCUGCCCUGUGAGGAGCACAGCCCGGACGGAUCAGCCCAGCUCCAGAUUGCAGCAGGACCAUGUACUGCAGCACGGUUCCCGACAGCAACCCGCAGCCUCUGAGAAAGGUUGAGUUUGGCUCGUGUCCUCUCGCCCAUUCGCCAUCCGGAAUCCUGCCUCCCGUCAAUUGCGCAGAGCAACACUGAGGGACUCAGUGCCAUCGGGCAGGACCCUCGGUUCCAACGCCCCGUCGAGUCCCCCCACACACCCUGCACCUUUUUUUGUUAUUGACAUCUUUUGGAAACGCAUACUUUUCGGUGUUACCUUCAAGGAAACUUCAGGGAUUGAAAAUGCCAAACCGUUGCUCGUUUCGUGUUGGUGUGGACUAUGAUGAGUGGACAGGGGGCUGUUGAUGUAAAACAGGAUUGAGUUUGUGGGGUUCUGUCUGUCUGGGUCCCACUCUCUCCCUCUGGAAGACCAGACAGCUGUGUCUCACGAAUGGAGAUAUCUCAGAGCUAGAGAUGACGCAAACCAUCGUCUCCUUCACCCCCCCUCCCCAUCCCCCCAAAAUAAUAAUGGGUAAUUCGAGGCGAAGAUGGCCGCAACUUGACAUCCAGCGAAGAGAUCGGUGGCAAUCCCAGCAUUAGAGCCAGCGACAUUUUGCCUGGAUCAGGAGAAACAGUUGAACUUUUUUCUCUCUCUCUCUCUGCGCGCAUUUAGUUGGAGCUUACACUCGGUGGUUAAUGGGGUUUGGAUGCGAGAGGCUGGAAUGUGGCAGGCUGUGAAUCUUGCAGAGUGUGUUGAGGAGAGAGCGGGAGAGCACAGCAAGAGCUGGUGGCCUGACCAGGAUGCAGUCACCGGAGAAGUAGGCUUUCCCCCGGGGAGUCAUUGGGAGGAGGGGGCUGGGGUUUGGGGGGACUCUGAUGCGACAGUCCUCCUGUGCUUGCUCCCAGGAAUUGGAUGGCAGCAGUUGACCGUCUGCUGAGGGUAGGAGCCAGAUUGAAGAGGAUAUCCCGUCCGGGGGGAUAACAGGCGAAUCUCACCAGGCAGACAAUCCCGGUCAAUGUCUAUUGGGGCGAGCGAGCAUUCAUUGUGCAACCGGCCGGCGUUGCUCUUGCUUACAAGAUGACCAGAGGCGCCUGGAUGUGUCGGCAGCAAGGGGACGGUUUACAAAUUUGGUAUGUACCCCGCCAGAGCGACAAACCCUGCACAGAUUCCGAACGAGCCCAGAAAUGGCGACUGUCUCUAGCGUCUCUCUUGUUUUUCACCGUCCUGCUCUCUGAUCACUUGUGGCUGUGUGCAGAGGCGAAUCUGACCGGGAUCAGAGACCAGGAGCAGGGCACCUUGGCAAAGAUGGGCGGGGACCGGACAGAUCACUUACCUUUCCACGUCUCCCUUAGACCUGAGCAGCCAAGGGAAGCCAGCAGCAGCAGUGGCAAACAUACUAUUUUUAUAGGUAAUAUCACAGCCAGACCGAGCUGGCAAUUAGAAACUUGUUACCCACAUUGUCUAACUGACCAGUGUUUUAUUGUUGAAGAUGCUGAGUCUAUCUGUGGACGCGUGAGUGAGCGAUUAAGCAGGGGCGCCUGGUCGCCGUCUUUUCGCAAUUUCCACCUUGCCUUUUGUGAGUCUUAUACCCUUUCGGAGCUGUUCGCUGGGAUGCCUACGCCAGAAGGCUCGAAUUGCCAUCUCAAUGUAGUGAUGGAUGGAGAUGCUAGCGUUUGCGUUCAGUGUGUUGAGACUUACCAGCGGUUAGACCAGCACGCCCAGGAGAAGUACGAAGAGUUCCAGGUCUUGUUUCAGAAGUAUUUACAUUCGGGAGAGUACUCGGUGAAAAGUUGCAUCCAAGACUGCAAGGCUGUCUACAAAGCCUGGCUCUGUUCCCAGUAUUUCGAGGCCACACAGUUUCACUGUAGUUCCAGAAUUCCUUGCAAGCAAUACUGUUUGGAGGUCCAGACCAGAUGUCCAUUUGUUUUACCAGACAAUGAGGAUCUUGUCUAUGGUGGACUGCCAAGUUUCCUUUGUACAGAGCUGCCCAACAGUCACCCAACCACUCCUGAGCAAGAGUGUUGUGAUGUCAGGUGGGAGUUGCAUAGUUCAGUUUCAAAUAAACAAUCCAAAGGGACAAGAGAAACAACCAAUCCACCGCUGUGUCACAGGUCCUCACUUGCCUCAUCUGUGGCGUCAAGACUGUGUAAUAGUAGACUCAAGUUAUGUGUCCUGGUACUCAUCCUGUUGCAUACUGUAGUGACAGUCUCUGCAACACAGACUAGUACUGUAUUGGACUUUGGAGGGCUUGCAACUUGGGAAGAUAACUCAACCAGUGAUGAGUAAGGACUUAUGCUGUUGUUUGAUUUGCACACUACAGGCUUACUAUUCAAGGAUGACGGUCACAUCUGAUCAGAACUGGUUGUACUAGCUUCCAAAUCACAGCUUACCAGGUCAUCUAGGUUAUGAAACAACAGAAGUUGGGAGCCAGCCUCAAAUCAACAAAGAUACAACUUUUACUGAUUGAAAGACUUUGCAAGACAAGACUGAUUUCUCAUGCUAUUUUAUACACUGUGUUUUAAUGUUUAGACUUUUGUUUUUUGCACUAGUUGCUGCAGAACUUUUGUUUCCUGGAACAAUUUCUCAACACUAAAUGAGUUGUUACAUUGUCUGUACUUUCUGUAUUUUUAGUCAGAGCGUACUCCCACCCAGUCCUUUUUCUUUUCAGCUGUUACAUCCUGUGGGUUUGCAGUAAGGCAAAAAAAAACUGCAUCAUGGUGGAGCUGAAUGUUAACUGUCCUUUCUCUCCAUGGAAAAGUUUAUUGUUCCCAGUUUAUUGUUCCCAUUUUAUAUGAGGAAGAGACAUGUGGUUGGCUGCAGCCAAUAUUAAGAACAAAAAGCAUACAAGCAUGUACUGAGGCCCCAUGCUACGCACAAUUGUUGCACAAACAAACUGAAUGAACAAAGGUAAGCCGAGGGACAUUUGACCUCCUCCUAAAUCCAUCAUGCAGAAGGACACAGCUGCUGUGAGAGAUGAUUUUGGAUGUUUAACAGCUUCUUGAAUUUUCAGAGAAUAUUGAAAUCUUUAACCCUAAUCCCCAAUCCAGAUCUAUCCAAUUUACUUUCCUUGACCAGUUGAGAAUUUUGACCUUACUGCACAAAUCAAACUUAAUUUAAUUGGAAUUUGUUUACGUUUAUAUGAUAGACAAUUCUCUCAAUCCAAGGCAAAUUGAUCAUUCUAGACCUUCUGGGAAUCAUUUUGUUACAACUGAAGGUGGAAUGUUGAGGACCUCAAUAGACAUCCUAAUCAAGACAAGAAGGUUAAAUGACAUUUUGAACAAUUAAACUUUUUUAAAAAGCCAGUACCUUUUCAUUCUGAGUUGAGUACACAAAUUUAGUCACUAUAGGCAGUUAACCUCAGAAGCCAAAAAAGUUAUCCUAUGCAUACAUCAGUCUCAUUUUGACAAACUUGUUUCACUUUGCAAAAUAUCAAAUGAAGAAUACAAAGUAUUAUUUUGUAUCAUUCUUUAGAAAUUCAAUUAUCAAUUAAAAUAAAAGUUAAUUAACUAAUAUUUAUGUUUUCUAUAAUCUUAUGACCAGCUAAACAGGUGUUUAUGUUCAAAAGCUCGAGAAUUUUCCAUGCAGUUCUUUAACCUCACUUCCAUUGAGGCACCGCUUAUAAAGUAAUGGUUGACCUUGGUUACAAAGAUGUUUAGUUGUUUUCCAGUCCACUAGGUAACUGCUGUGUAAAGAAUAGGAGUGAUACAACACAAGUCAUUAUGGAUUGAGAUUGACACUGUGCAUACACUGUGGAACGGAAGAAGUAGAUUUCAGUACUUGUGGAGUGAUUAAACUUCUUGUGCUGACACCAAAUUCAAAAUGUAUCUCGCUUGCCUCAAGCACACAGAUUUUAGGCUUGAGUAUUUAAAUUGAGCAACUUUAAAUUUUGUAUUCAAAUACUAGCCAGUUUCUUUUCUCUGGUUAGGGUGGGGGUGUCCAUGUCUUACUUGAAUUGUCUGUAAUUUGAUUCUUUUCACAAAUAAAUGUUACAAUUUUGUGUUAUCCUGAUCAAGAAAAUUGACUUACAGGUUUCAGUCCGAUUAUCAUUUAAUUCAAUUUUUGGAUCCUAAUUCUGAUUCAUUAUAAAUAACUUAAAUUAUCACUGAUUAAUGUCGGGACUGAACAUCUUUAGGGCACAAAAAAUGACAGUAGCUUCAUUAUCCCUUUAUCUUCAUUCCUUGCUGUUAUGUAGACAUGGUGACUCAAGGCAGGGAUGUUUUUCCUAUCUUCCCAUUCACGAUUUCAAAUGGAUGAAAAGUCAUAGAUAAAUGAGUGUUAAGUUACAUAAACACUUGCAAUACAAGCAGAUGAAAUGAAACUAUUGUUAAGUCAGUACUCUUCCGGUUCUUGAUGGUUAACUAAAAUGCUAAUUUUCCAUGUGUUCUGAUUUCUUACUAUAGAUACCAGUGAUGAUGGAUGUCUUGAUCUCUUUGUUUCCUAUCCAUGCUUUUUCUCUAAAACAACGUUGCUUACACAUAAUGUUCCCCCAGAGUUUGCACUGAACAGUGGCAUUAAACAUUGCACAUGGAAAACUAUCAGUCACAGCCAUUUGCAAUUGAUGUUAAGCACCCCAGUGCACAUGAGCAGAGCAAGGAAAGCAAAUACAUCCAACGAUAAAAUAUUAUUCCAGAGCUAUCUCCUAAACUAAACUAAAUCUCAGGACUAAGUAACAUUGACCCACUCAAUCCAAGUGGAUACUGGACAUUUGAUGUGACUAAAUAGAAGUUCAGAAACAUUAAUCAUAAUAAUGAGAGAUUCUUUUCAUGUCAACUAAUUUUAAACAACUGUAAAAUAUCCCAAUAGGAAUUUUUUAUUGAUUUUUCUCAUAGAUUGCUUUAUUGGAAAUGGAUUUGUAGAAUGUGAAAUAACGGUGAAAUCAUUAAUGAUUUUAACAGAGAAAGUCAUUAAAUAUCAUUCCUAUUGAGGCUGCCCUUUGUUUUAUAAAGUAAUUUGUCUUGUAUCCAGCAGCACUUGCUCCAUCAGAAUUUCAGGAACAUUAACUGAUGUUGGUUAGUCAAUGAAGUCCAAGAUAGUUAAGGAAGUGACAUUUCUUUUUCAUUAGCAAGUAUAAAUUGAAUUGUAAAUUGGCAACAAACAUCGCUUCCCUCCAAUGCAUUAGAUUAGUCACGAAGACCAAAAUCAGUCGGGAUUGCGUAUGUCUCAGAACAGAACAAUGUUCAGCAUCGGCGCAAUUUUCUUUCCCCGAGCCACUCACCCACCAAAGAUAAUGACAGAUCUUUCCUUCUUGGAAUUUCUUCAUUGCCUUGUGAGGCUGUGCUUGGCCCCAGAUGGGAAAUAUAAUUAAGAAUGUGGAGUAAAUGGAAAUAAAUCCAUUUGUUGGUCUUUCCACAACUUUGGUUUAAUCAGUCAAUAACACAUCAGUAACAAAGAAUAUGCUCAGAGAGUUCCAGUGAUAACAGAACCUGUUCAAUUUCAACAGAGGGAAAAUAAGGCACUAUCAAUGAACAGUAUACAAUCCUUCAGACAUAAGGUCCCUUUGGGCCCCAAGCAGUUCAUGUUUAAUGCCGAAUGGGCAAAGAUGCAAACCAACCCAAUACAACCUGAGAUGUAAGUUGUUACUAAUAAACAAAGCUUCUUUGUUUGUAACAUCAUACCAUCUUCUUAAAUAGGCUUGUAAGACAGUUCACAACUACUUGUAAUCUAUAUAUGACAUUACCAGGCAAAGGUGUGAGUUAUUGCUGUGUUGUGAAGGUUUAUCGACGCCUUCCGAAGUCAAUUCGUAUAAGUACACAAGAAAGAUAAUGUCAAUUUAAAAUGAAGUAAACUAACACAUUGGCACUAUAUGAUCAGCAACAAUAUGGAAACAUUGUACACAAUGUCACUCAAUUAUUUUUAUUAAAUGACUGUGAACAUCCAUGAGAACUAUCAAUAAAAAGCACUAAAUUAUAGUGGGUGAAGGACCAAAACUAAACAAUAGACAUGGUCUGUUCCUAUUCCCAAUCUUUUUUAAUGAAUGGAAAGGACUUUGCAAAACUUGCAAUUACAAAUUUAUUUGUUAUUUAAAAGGAAGAAGAAGCUGAUUGAAAAGUAACAAAGCACGCUUGGUAAUCAAAUAAAAAGAAACUUCAAAAGAUAGAUUGACGACUAUUCAAUCUGUGCAACAAAUAUGUAUUUUUUACAUGGUCUGUGAUAUUCACAGUCUAUGAUGGAGUUUUCAAUUCCUUGUCAUUUCCUCUCAGAGAUGAUCCCAUGUGUUUGCAGCAAUGGACAUUGAUUUAUUCUGUAGUGUUUGCAAAUUUUGCUAUAAAGAAAGCCUUUAACCAGUUUGUUACCUUGUUUUCAUCAGCUAUUGCACUGUGCUAAAUAUAUUGGGGCUGUUUGUCUUUUAUUCUCCCUUUUGUGUCAAAUCAAUCACUUGAUCUAUUUGUGAUAAUGUACUUUGACAAAGAACACAAUCAAGGGCUAUUUUCCAAAAUAUGAACAACCACAUUUCAUGAAUAUUGCCUCUCUUGCCAUGUCACAUGAGGGACAAAUUAGACAUCUUGUUUACACUCAAUCAAUUAAGGAUGAUUCAGUUCCACCAGAAACUGUUUCCAAUUCUCAAUAAACAGAAGGCAGAGAUUUAAAAUAAUUGGAAAAAUAACCAAAGGGGAGAAGAGCGGGCAUUUUUUUAAGUAGCCAGUAGUAUGAUCUGCAAUGCACUGACUGAAAAAGUACAUGCAAAUUCAACAACAACUUUGUAAAAGGAAUUGGUUAUAUACUGGCAAAAUAAAGGGAAAGGGCGGGGGGGUGUCUUGCUGGAGAGGUUUUUCCAAUAGAUGGCACAAACACACAGUACUGAAAGGACUCUUUCUGUGCUAUACAAUUGUAUCAUAUAACUUACUCCUUUAAAGUUGCCCAGCAUUUGAUCAGACCAGGGCAGGAUUGUCAUUCAUGGUCAUGGUUCAUUUGAUUUCCUUGAAACCUAUUUUUCUUUGCAUGAAGUUAAAUUAUCUACAUGUGAAAAUGUUAAAUCCACUAGAAAUGUUGCAGAUUAAUACAAUGUUUGCAAAAAACAAAUGUAGAUAUAUAUUUAUUUCAAGUUAGAACAAAACACAUAAACAAUAACAUAAAUGUUGCAUUGAAAAUUUGUACCCUAAAUAUGCAAACAGGUCACUUGUCCUUAGAAUUUAUUAGAAUAGUGUUCUAUUCGAUUUCUUGUCCUAAGAAUGAUGUAAGCUAGAACAAAAUCUUUUACAGAGUCUGUGACAACUAUCAAUAAAAAAUUCAAGUUUAUUCUGUAUGGUGUAAACAAAAUGGUGACAUCCUUUAUAAAGCAAGGAAUGUACUCCUCACCUAACACUGAAAAUAAAUAAUGAGACAUCAUCAAGGGAUGUUGUGGUAAGAGCUCAGAGAUAGAGAGUCCUUUUUUUAGGGUUUUAUAUCAGACUGAAUGAACCUCUGAUCAAAUCAAGAGAUUACCAAAUGCAGUCUCCGUUGGUAUUUUUGUAAAUGUCAUUACUGGACCUUGUUGGACGCAAAACAGAAUGAUCACUGUCCUGGUAAUUUGUUUUUCUGGGUUUGGGGAACAUUCUGUAAACUUGUUGAAAGCUGGUGUUUUGUGUGUACCAAAAUUAAGUUGAAAUUUCAAGAGGUUAUGAAUGAAAACUAUUAGAUAAGAAAAUAUAAAAGGGGACAGGAAAACACAAUAUUGUUUUUUUUAAACUAUUCGAUAAAGAUGAAAUAAGAUUUUGUAUAUUUUAAAAGGAAUUGCCUUCCUGCCCCAUAACAAUGCAGCAAAGGUUUUGCAUUUUGU